AUGGCAUACAGCGGAGCUCUUGUUCUCACAUGGGCAUGCUGCUUCUCUUAUGCUGGAUCAGUUUCGCCCCUGCUGCGAAGAGCGAUUGACAGCAAAGGAGAAAUAUCAAGUGGGCCUGCUGAACCGCAGACAAAUGUGACAAACCAUCCUGGAAAUCCCGUUGUGGAUCUUCUCGUCAUCAUACCCAGCAGUGUCAAAGAAUUGGACAAACGAGUUGCUGUGCGCCACUCCUGGGGAAAGUACAUUGAUUCCUUUGGGCACUGCAAGAGGUGUAACAGCAGUCGGACUGUCAAAAUUCUUUUCGGAGUUGCAAGACCAGCAGAGGGCGAUGCGGGAAUGGUUGAACAAGUUGAAAAGGAAAUUGAAGUUUUCGGAGAUUUGGCAGUGCUCAACCUCGGUGGGCAGGCUGAUCAUUACCGCAACCUCACAACAAAAGUCAGGAGCUUUCUUGAAUAUGCCUUGCAGCACUUUCGCUUUGGACUGCUACUGAAGGUGGACACUGACUCCUUCGUUUUCAUGGAUCGAUUUUUAUCCAUGGCAGAGCAGAAGAAGUUGUUCCACCCUGACACCAACUCAACCAAUAUUUAUGGUGGAGCUUUCCAAAGUGGUGCCAGGCCCGAUGAAAAUCCUGCUGGCAAAUGGGUAGACCGCACCUACAGAAAGCUGACUGGCCACGAGCUCUUUCCCAAGUACGCCAGGGGUGCAGGAUACGUACUGAGCCCCCCUCUGUGCAGAUACAUUGCCGAGGGCCUUCCCGGCCGUGAUUCCGGUGAUGGCGAUGCAUGGGCUGGAUUUCCUGAGCUGCAGCCCUUGCCCAACGAAGACGUUUCGGUGGGUUUCUGGCUGGAACCCAUAGUUCAUGCGAAGGUGGAGUUGCCCAUCUCGCAUUUGCCAAUUGGGUGUCGAGACCGGAGCCAGAUCAUAGACCACCACGUGCUGUCCAGACUGAUGGCAACACGUUGGAAAAGCUUGGAAGAGACAGGAGAUCCAUGCAGUGCAGCUGCGGUGAGUGAAGAAACCUUUGAACAAGUUCUGACAUCUAAACUUGAUGCUCUGAAUUACAGUGGCAGCAUUUGA